UUAAUGAAACCGCCCCUCCAGGCAGCGUUUUACAUUAUAACCGCGCCUCUAGGAAGCGUUUUUAAUUUUCAGAAAAAAACGUUUCUGGAAGGCGCGGUUAUAGGCUAACCCUACCACAAAACGCUUCAAGGGGAGCGUUUAAAUGUCGGCAUUACAAACCGCCUCCCCAAGCGGCGGUUUACAAUGUCAGGACAUAAACUGCUGCCCCAAGGCGCGGUUUGUGCCUGGUCACCCGACAGCCAACAUGUCGGACAUGUCGGCAUGCAGGGGGUAGGGCUGGAUGGCAGACCUAAAACCGCUCCCCCCCCCCCCCAGCGGUUUUGCUGCAAAAUUUGCCUAUAAAAGGCGGUUUCAGAGAACUCAAUUCUUCACACCUCCUCCUCUUCCUUCUUAAAAUUUCAGCUUUAAAUUAUUUAGUUUUUGCGAUUAACGUUAAUUCGUAAGUUUGUUUCGUAAUUACUUUUCAUUGUCCUUUGUGAUUUUAUGUUAGUAACUUAAUUACUUUUCAUUGUCCUUUGUGAUUUUAUGUUAGUAACUUAAUUACUUUUCAUUGUCAUUUGUGAUUUUAUGUUAGUAACUUAAUUACUUUUCAUUGCCAUUUGUGAUUUUGUGUUAGUAACUUAAUUACUUUUCAUUGUCCUUUGUGAUGUUAUGUUAGUAACUUGUAUUACUUUUCAUUGCAGAUGACAUUCCAAAGGUUCACGCUUGGGUUGCAGUGGAAUGGUUACACGGAAGAGACCGAAAAGGGUGUAAGUUACGUCGGUGGCAAUUUUUAUAAAAUGAAGGUCCGUACGAGACCGAUGCUUGAAGAGCUCCAUCAAAUGUGCACUCAGAUUACCUGCAUGGAUGGCACUAGAAGAGUUGAUCGAAUGGUGUAUCGAUAUCCAAACAGACAUGACGGGUCGCUCAGGAAUGAGGAAUUCCUCCUUACCACUCAGGAGGACGUUGAUGCCAUGGUCCAAUUUUUGACCACCAAUAAAAUUAAGCAAGCGGAGAUGUUCGUUUACACCGAGGUCGUCGAAGGCAGUGUAGGUCAUUCUGGAGAUGGCCAAACAUCUGGUAUCCACGGUGGGAGUGUAUUAUACGAAGAUCAUCCCCACCAGGAUUUCCAAGAGUCGAGCUGGAGGCAGGAGUAUCAUCAUGGAACUGGAGGAAGUCAUCAAUCCUUCCCUUCAUAUGAAGAAGAAGCUCAACAGGCGGAUUAUAACCAACAAGCAGGCUACCAGUACCCACCCGAGUACAACUUCUAUCAAAGCGGUGUUAGUUACCACAACUACCAUUACGGAGCUAGUGAAGGUGAAGGUGCCUUUCAUGCUGAUAAUCAGAUGGAAGAAGAGGUCAAUCCAAGUCCAGUUAGUGACCCUGAGGUUGAAGAAGAGGAAGGCGAAGUAAGUGCAGACAGCGACGAUCCGCUGGAAGGUGCUGAUGAUUCCAGUCCAGAUUCAGACGCAGAUGGUGAUGAGGUAGCUCACGACCGUGUACCUAUUCCAUACUACAUAAAUCAUUAGUAUAUAAAUUAAAUAAAUCAUUAUAACAAUAACAACAAUUGGGGAAAAUGAGUACGUACCAUUUGAUAAUCAUAAUAAAAAAGGCCCUCUUCUUGAGCGAAAUCGGCCAUUCUCUCGGAAUCCGGACAGAGGUUCGACGGUUUUUUAGUGAAAACCAAAGAAAAUUUUUUUUGGAGGCAGAUCAGACUUAGCCACAACCAACAAAAAAACUAAAUCUAAGGUUUUUGGGUGGGGAGGGGGGUGGGUAGAGAGAAGUUAGAGGGAGAGGGGGGGGGGAUGUGGUUGGUGUGCAGAAAAAUGAAGGGGAGGGGGGGUUUUAUAGGUGAGAAACCACGUGGGGGAGGGCCGGUUCAGUCAUUUUACCCCACCGAAAACCGCGCCUCCAACAUGCGGUUUGCGUUUCCCAACAGUCAAACCGCGCCUCGAGGGAGCGGUUUCCUUGGGCGACGCGGAUCGCUGAGUUGGCACGCGAUUUGGCCGUCAGAUCGCUCCUCGAACGGGCGGUUUGAUUCACCGCCACGUGGCCACGCGGUUUGACAGCCAUGCAAGGUCAAACCGCGCCUUGGAGGCGCGUUUUGUUCUAUAACCGCUGCCUGGAGGCGCGGUUUUAUUAAAAACCGCUCAUUAAAUGCGCGGUUUUAUAUAAACGAUGAUAUUUUUGGAAAUUAUUUGCAGUGGGUGGUAUUUUUAUAAAUUUUUUUAAACAGUGGUAGUUUUGAAUUUUUUCCUGGAUUGAGGCCCCAAUGUUUUUGAGACACUAUUCCACAGGACAUGUUGGCACGUGCAUGCACUGACAUUAGUAGUAAAAACUAUCAAACAAUAUCAUUCUUUGUGUAUCCUAUUAAAUAAUUACUCAUGAUUUGAUAAUUCUUUCGCUUUUUAAUGGUGUUCUUUGUCAAAAAUCGUUUAAAGCCAAUAAUUCAUGUUGUUGGGAGAGGGUCGGUAAUGAAUCUUUUACAAUUUAUUACCAAACACCCCUCAAACAAAAGUCAAUUAUACGAGCUUGAAUUUGCAUGGCUCUGAAUAUCAUGUGCUUAACAAAUAAGGUCGUCAGGAUUCGAACACAAGAACUUUCGAUCAUCAUAGGUUCUAACAACAUUUAUGACGACAUUAAUUAUGUUGUAUUAUGUACUAUUGAAAUAUUUUUUAGAUAAAAUUGCUAUAUCCUGAUGAAAACAUGUUAUUGAUAUUUAAUAAGUACAACUUUGAUUUUGAUUAGAUCAUAUACACGCACCAUUAUCGUGUUUACGUGGUUGGUUAAAAAAAUUUGCAUGUCAAUUAUUUGUAAAUCUUACAUCAAACAUUUAUAAUGUCAAUGAUUCUCAAUUAGAUGUGUCCUAAUUUCACUCGCAAUUAAUUAUUAUACUUAAUUUAUAUAAUUUUCUCUUGAAUCCAGCUCUCCCUCUGUUCCUGAUUAUACUAAGCACGUUUGGAGUCAAAUGACUGAACUACAAACUAAAAAUGCUAAACUGAAGUUAACCAAAACCACAAAAUUUUAACUUAGAUAUUUAAACUAGACUUCCAAAAUAAUCCUCCCCUGAAUUGAAGUCUAUCAAACAAAGAGCUUCAGUUCAUCACACCAUCUUCGCCUUGACUUUUCUUCAACUUCAAGAGAUUACAGAUACCAAGCUUUGCGCCUCUCUUCUUCUGGAAUCUCUCCAGUGUCAAAGCUAAGCCUUAGCCAUUAUAUAAGCAACUUGAUCUUGUGUCCCACAGUGCUGCACUUCCACAACUCUAUCAGUUGCAAAAUCCAUCAUAAAAUGAAAUCUCACAUCUAUGUGUUUGAUUCUUCAAUUAAUUGUUUGAACUCUUCAAUUGUUUGAGGACUGGUGAUGAUAUACAUGACGUCAUUCACAAUAGACUCACAAUUAACAUGCCCUUCUCAGUUCUUUUUAUGAACAAAGUAGCUUCAUUCUGACAUCUUUCAAACCCAUUAUUGAAAAAAUAGACUUCAAUUCGAAUG